GGAACCUCUUGCCUAUUGCGGUUAGCGCGAAUUGCGUGAUUCAAUCAUUCUCUUAUCGAUUAGAUUUUUUGGCAUUUCCAUCGCCAUUUCUCAGCGGUCAACGGCGGCAGAACUCGCCACUUCCGGCUUUUCUCCGCGUUCUUCAUCACGUUACUUUACCCACUCCAGUCACAGCCUGAGGCAUAUCUCUCCCCCGUUCGAGUCUAGCCCCCUUUUCGAAUCAAUUGAUAAUCACUAAUCAACAAAACGUCAUCUUUCUGCACCUGUGGAUCAUUCUUGAACGACAACCAUUUCUCAACAAACAUGGCUAACGCAGUAUUGAUCGGAUGUACCGGAAUGGUGGGUAGCCAUAUCCUCAACAGUCUUCUCGCAAACCCCUCUGUCGCUCGUGUGGACACGAUUUCGCGUCGCACUCCGCAAGCCGCAUCUACCGCUCAAGCCAAACUGACCACUAUCGUAUCUAACGAUACGUCAAAUUGGACGAGUGAACUCUCCUCUCUUUCUCCAACGCCAUCUAUCUUCUUCUCCUCCUUUGGAACCACCCGUGCAAGCGCCGGAGGGUUUGAGAAUCAAUAUAAAGUGGAGCAUGGUUUGAAUGUUGAGAUGGCGCGUGCCGCGCGCAAUGCUGGUACAAAGGUCUACGUCCUCAUUUCAUCCAGUGGAGCUAGCAAAGACUCGUCCUUUGCCUAUCCCCGAAUGAAGGGCGAAAUUGAAGAGGAUGUGAAGGCUCUAGGAUUCGAGAGAACCGUUAUUCUACGCCCUGGUCUCAUUUCCGGGCAGAGAGACGAAAGCCGUCCCCUGGAAGCCGUGGCCCGCUGUUUUGCUGGGUUUGCUGGGAAACUCCACUCUAGCCUGAAGGACAGCUGGGCCCAGGAUUCGGAUGUUAUUGGGAAAGCCGCAGUCAAUGCCGGUCUCAAGGCUUUGGAAGGUGACGUUCCCGCUGGUAGUGAGAAGGUCUGGGUUCUGUAUGGCAGUGACAUCAUUAAAUACGGGGCAGAGUCGAAGAACUGAGACAAACAUGGACGAAUAUACCUAGUUGGUUCUAAAAGUUGUAUUCCAUGCAUAUUAGCUAUAGUGGUUAGCUCGUCACUGAAAUCAAAACGUAAUAUGCACUCUU